AUGCAAUAAGAGGAUGAUAAUAGCUAAAGUUUUUCGUAUAAUUUUAAUCCUCAAAUCUAAGUAUUUGCUCAUGCAAAUUUCUAAGAUUUAUUAGAAGAAUAUGUAUUUAUGUGAUUUAAUUAUACAUUAGAGUAGAUCAAACAAAAAAAAAAAAAACCCAAAUUAAUAAUAUGUUUAUAAAGAUUUAAGUGAUAGGAAUGCUCUGCUUACUAUAUAUAGAUCAGUUUCAUAUGAUUGUAAUUUUUAUUUUAAAAUAAGAACAAUCGGAAAAUAAAAUAAAUAUUGUAAAUCAAGUUAUCUAAUGGCUAUAAAAUUAUUAAAGAAUAAUAAUACCAAAAUCAGAGGCUGAAAAACUUGGAGAAAAGAGCUUUUUAAAGCAUAUAUUAACUUAAAAAUGUUCAAAAUUUUCAGAAUAAACUGCAUAAGAUUACAUGAAGUAAAAUCCUACUUUAGUUCAUUAUGUUAAUGAAUCAGCAGAAAAACAAGCAGAAGGUUAUGUUAAUAAUGUUCUCAUGAUGGUUUAAGCAAUCAAAAUUGCAGCAAUAUCAGAUUAUAUUAAUUAUUUUGCUUAAGCUGUGGCUCUUCAAAUAAAACAAUCAAAAAAGCGUAAAUUUUAAUUAUAAUUAUAGCUUAAAAUUUAUCAGAGCCCUCUUUAAGAGGUAAUAAAGUGAUUUUUAUAAAUCUUACAGGGAAAGAAAGUAUUACAAAUUUAGAAGAUUGGUUAUAGUUAUUAGAAAAAAAUGAUGAAUUUAUUUACUUUUCCUUCAUUAAAAUAAUAGAAAAAAAAGAAAUCUAAAGUUAGUUUAAAUGUUACAAGAAUUAUUUUAACAACAUGAAAUUUGUAAAUAGUAAUAUUAAUUUAUUUCCAUACGAAAGUCCUUCAAACGAUAAUCAAAAGAAUUUAUUACAUGGUUAAUUACUAAAGAUUUUUUUCAAUAAUUUUAUGUAUAAUAGAAUUGAAAAAUUCUCAUAAAAUUCUUAUAUAGCAUUAAGCUUAUCUUUAUCUGAUGAUAUUGAUUACGAUUCUUUUGGAAUCUAGUUUUUAAUCUAAAAUCUAAUGAAGUUGAGUCACAACAAGUUGAUGAUUCAUAUCGACAUAGAAAUUGAAGAAAAUAGACUUGAUUACUAGUAAAAACUAACUCAAUUAAUGAAUCUUUGCUAUUCUUCAUUUCAAGAAUAAAAUAUCAUAAUUUAAAAUUUAAUUCCUAAAGAGAAAUUAGAAUUAGCUUAUUAAAUCAAAGAUCUGAAAUAAUACUAUAAAUAACUUGAGUUAUUUCAUUUAAAUGAAUAACUUUAAUACACAAUGAUUUCACUAUAGAACUAAUUUGAAGAAGUCCAGAAAAUAAAAAACCAUUUAUUAGAAGUUAAAAUUAACAAAAUGUAGAGGAUAUUCUAUAAAAAAGGCACUUCAAGAUAUUUGAUCAUUUGUCCUCUCUUGGAAAAUAAUCAUUAAAUAACACCUUAUACAUAAAUUACAAUCAAUUAUGAGGAUGACAUUAUUAUAUUAUAUCAGGAUAGUGACCCUAAAUUCUUAUAUUUUUAUUAGCUUGGAGAACAUGAUUUUAAUAAUAUGUAGAAAUUUUAAGAAAUUAAAUUGUAAUUAUUAAAUUUAUAAAUUUAGCUAAAAUCUAAGUACAUUAUUGGGAUCUGAUUAAAUUUAGAACUAAAUAGUAUUUUAUUUUAAUUUUCAAAUUUAUGUUCUCUAUGGAUAAAUAAAUUACCAAAUAGAAAUGAGUUGUUUAAGAUAUAAUAUUAAAACAGAAGAAUAGGCAAUUUUAUAAUUCAACGACAUAGAAAAGUUAAACUAAGGUAGUUUUCAUCUUAAAAUUGCUAUUUCAAAAUCUAAUAGGGAAUAAUUAGAAUAAAAAAUAAAAGCUAGAGCAUCACCAACAGUUUGUAUUGAAAACUCAAAUAAUCAAGUUUUAAAGGUUUUAAUUUUAGGAGGAGAAAAUAUAGAGUAUAAAUACUUUAAUAUGAAAUAGGUCUCCUUAGAUAAUGAAUCUACUUGAAUAUAUGGAAAUCAGGUCUUCUGAUUUUUUAACUGGUAUUUUAGAUAAGAGUAACUUAUUUAAAGAAUUGUCACUUAAACCAUAUCCAAAUCAAACUAUUUUAAACUUUAAAAACAAAAACGAUAUAUACUAUUUAAUAUUGCCAGGAAAUGAUACACUGAGGAAGAAAUCCUAAAAUCAUCCAAUAAAUAAGCAAUUUUCUUAGAAUGCCAUUUUAAUUAGAAAAGCAUUAGACUUUUCAAUCUCAAAUAUACCAAUAAAUUAUUAUGGAAAUAGAUCAUAUGAUUUAAAUUACAUAACAAAUAGUUAAUUCAAUUAUUAACUUAUAUUUUCAGAUGAACAAUAGUUAUUUAUAUGGAGGAUCAUUUAUACUUAAAGUAUGAAGAUUGAAACAAUUUAAAAGCUUCAUUUAGAUUAUGGUUAAUCACUAUCAAAUGACAAAAAAGCAGAAACUCAAUAUAUUAAUAAUAUUAAGUGUUUUAAAGACUAAAUUCCAGAAGCGGAAAUUAUUUUAGCUUAUCUAUUAUAUAGUGAUCCUGAUGAAAAAGAUAUUAACAAACAUUGUGAUAAAAUAAUAUAAUUUUAUUAAUAAAGUUAGUAGUAGGAUUAAUAAAGAUAGUUGUCGGAUUAAUAAAAAAAAUAUUUAGAGGAUUAUGCAGCGUAGAUAAAAAUUGCUAAAAGUAAAUUUGAAUAAGGUAAACUAAUUACUUUGACAGAUAAACCAAAUAAUAAAAAUGAUUAAAUGUAAUUGGAAGAUGUAUAACAAAAAGACUUAAAAGAAAAUUAAGAUUUUUUUAAAUAAAAUGUAAUCAAUAAUUAUAUUGGAGACAACAAUUAAUUAUUUUAAGUUUCAUUUGAAAGUUACAUUUAUUUAGAUUUAACAACUAAAAAAUUAAGUGUCAAAUAAUACACUUACGAAGUUGGAGAUGCGCUGCCCUUGCCUCGCAUUGAUAAUUCAGACAAUUAAAAUGAUAAAUCAGACAAUUAAAAUGAUAGAACAUAUUUGUUAAAAUGA